ACCAGGAGCCCCAGGUCAGAUGUGACUGUGUCACAGCCUCCACAUCGUGUUAUAGUUAUUUCUUUAUGCAACUGUCUCCCCACUAGACUUCCAGGGAGGGAGGCUUGGGCCCGAUCCGUCUUUGUCUGCCAGCCGAUCGUGUUGGAUUCGCUUUGGGGAACACAUUUUCCAGCCUCCCGCCUCUGCAUGCCAUCGAAUGUAUUUAGUCAUAGUUGUGACUCAGACUCUCCUGCCUUUGCAGCCGCCGCUGGUCCAGGCCAUCUUCAGCGGCGACCCGGAGGAGAUCCGCAUGCUCAUCCACAAGACGGAAGACGUGAACGCUCUGGACUCUGAGAAGCGCACUCCGCUGCACGUGGCCGCGUUCCUGGGAGAUGCCGAGAUCAUCGAGCUCCUGAUUCUUUCAGGAGCUCGUGUGAAUGCCAAGGACAACAUGUGGCUGACCCCGCUGCACCGGGCCGUGGCCUCCAGGAGUGAGGAGGCAGUGCAAGUGUUGAUUAAGCACUCGGCGGAUGUCAACGCGAGGGACAAGAACUGGCAGACCCCGCUGCACGUCGCCGCCGCCAACAAGGCCGUGAGGUGUGCAGAAGUGAUCAUUCCCCUGCUGAGCAGCGUCAACGUGUCUGACCGCGGCGGCCGCACGGCCCUGCACCACGCCGCCCUCAACGGCCACGUGGAGAUGGUCAACCUACUCCUGGCCAAAGGGGCGAACAUCAACGCCUUUGACAAGAAGGACCGGCGGGCCCUGCACUGGGCAGCAUACAUGGGCCACCUGGACGUGGUGGCGCUGCUCAUGGACCACGGCGCGGAAGCGACCUGCAAGGACAAGAAGGGCUACACCCCCCUGCACGCCGCAGCCUCCAACGGACAGAUCAACGUUGUCAAACAUCUCCUCAAUCUGGGGGUGGAGAUCGAUGAAAUCAACGUCUAUGGGAACACGGCGCUCCACCUGGCCUGCUACAACGGGCAGGACGCGGUAGUCAACGAGCUGACUGACUACGGUGCUAACGUGAACCAGCCCAACAACAGUGGCUUCACACCUUUGCAUUUUGCUGCUGCCUCCACCCACGGUGCUUUGUGUCUUGAGCUGUUAGUCAACAACGGGGCGGAUGUUAACAUCCAGAGUAAAGAUGGCAAAAGCCCGCUGCACAUGACAGCCGUCCACGGCAGGUUCACACGCUCGCAGACCCUCAUUCAGAACGGAGGAGAAAUCGAUUGUGUGGAUAAGGACGGCAACACUCCUCUCCAUGUGGCUGCAAGAUAUGGCCACGAGCUUUUGAUUAACACCCUAAUCACCAGCGGAGCGGACACAGCCAAGUGUGGGAUCCAUAGCAUGUUCCCCUUACACUUAGCUGCCCUGAACGCUCACUCUGACUGCUGCCGGAAGCUGCUGUCGCCGGGACAAAAGUAUAGCAUAGUGUCCUUGUUUAGUAAUGAGCACGUGCUGUCUGCAGGCUUUGAAAUAGACACCCCAGAUAAAUUCGGAAGAACGUGCCUUCAUGCCGCUGCUGCAGGAGGUAACGUGGAAUGUAUAAAACUCUUGCAGAGCAGUGGAGCGGAUUUCCACAAAAAGGACAAGUGUGGGAGGACCCCUUUGCACUAUGCAGCUGCGAACUGCCACUUCCACUGCAUCGAGGUGUUAGUGACCACGGGGGCCAACGUGAACGAGACCGAUGACUGGGGCAGGACAGCUCUGCACUACGCCGCGGCUUCCGACAUGGACAGAAAUAAGACCACCUUAGGGAAUGCCCACGAAAACUCAGAGGAGCUCGAAAGUGCCCGCGAGGCGAAGGAGAAAGAGGCUGCGUUAUGCCUCGAGUUUCUGCUUCAAAAUGACGCCAACCCAUCUCUCCGGGACAAGGAAGGCUACAAUAGCAUCCACUACGCGGCUGCCUAUGGCCACAGGCAGUGUCUGGAAUUGCUUUUGGAAAGAACCAACGGUGGUUUUGAAGAAUCGGAUCCAGGUGCUACCAAGAGUCCACUCCACUUGGCUGCCUACAAUGGGCACCACCAGGCCCUGGAAGUGCUCCUGCAGUCCCUGGUGGACCUGGACAUCCGGGACGAGAAGGGCCGCACCGCUCUGGACCUGGCUGCCUUCAAGGGCCACACGGAAUGCGUGGAAGCGCUGAUCAACCAGGGCGCGUCCAUCUUUGUGAAAGACGAUGUCACCAAAAGGACCCCACUUCACGCCUCAGUGAUUAACGGUCACACCCUGUGUUUGCGGCUGUUACUAGAAAUCGCAGACAACCCGGAAGUGGUUGACGUGAAAGAUGCCAAAGGACAAACCCCACUGAUGCUGGCAGUAGCAUAUGGACACAUUGAUGCUGUCUCACUGUUACUUGAAAAGGAAGCAAAUGUAGAUGCUGUUGACAUCAUGGGGUGCACAGCUUUGCACAGAGGGAUCAUGUCGGGUCAUGAGGAAUGUGUGCAAAUGCUGCUGGAGGAGGAAGUCUCAAUUCUCUGCAAAGAUGCCAGAGGGAGGACCCCCUUGCACUACGCCGCGGCCCGCGGCCACGCCACGUGGCUGAGCGAGCUGCUGCAGAUGGCCCUGUCAGAGGAAGACUGCUCUUUCAAGGACAACCAGGGCUACACGCCGCUGCACUGGGCUUGCUACAACGGUAAUGAAAACUGUAUAGAGGUACUUUUGGAGCAGAAAUGUUUUCGUGAAUUUAUCGGCAAUCCCUUUACUCCACUGCACUGUGCGAUAAUAAAUGACCAUGAGAAUUGUGCGUCACUGCUGCUGGGGGCCAUCGAUUCCAGCAUUGUCAAUUGCAGGGACGACAAAGGCAGGACCCCGCUGCACGCCGCAGCCUUUGCGGACCACGUGGAGGGCCUGCAGCUCCUGCUGAGACACAGCGCCCAGGUGAACGCGGCCGACGACGCGGGCAAGACGGCGCUGAGGAUGGCCGCGGAGAACGGGCAGGCGGGCGCCGUGGACAUUCUGGUGAACAGCGCCCAGGCUGACCUGUCUGUGAAGGACAAGGACUUGAACACACCCUUGCAUUUGGCGUGUAGUAAAGGUCAUGAAAAAUGUGCCUUGUUAAUACUUGACAAGAUACAAGACGAGAGCCUUAUUAAUGCCAAAAACAGUGCACUGCAGACGCCCCUGCACGUCGCUGCGCGCAAUGGCCUGAAGGCCGUGGUGGAGGAGCUGCUGGCCAAAGGGGCCUGCGUCCUCGCCGUCGAUGAGAACGGUAUUGGAAUUAGCAGCUCAUGCCCAUUGCUCAGAAGUCAUACCCCGGCCCUGGCUUGCGCUCCUAACAAAGACGUGGCUGACUGCCUGGCCCUCAUUUUGGCUACCAUGAUGCCUUUUUCUCCUUCCAGUACAAUGACGGCUGUCAACUUGGUUUGUUUUAAAAAAGACAAUUUGAACAGGACGACCCUCUCCAACCUGGGUAGCAUGGUUAGCCUGUGCAGUAACAACGUAGGCUCGGAGGAUGGGUACAAUGAGAACGACUCUGAUUCGGAAACCUUUUGACCUUGGACUGUAGACGUUUUCCCUUGAUCGACCCUGUUGGAGGAAGGGGAAGAAGCUCGGAUUCCAGGUUUAGGUCGUGUUCCAGUGUUAUUAUGGGCCCGAGCUACCAGAAGCCGGUAGAGAGGGGAUUCAUUCAUCAGACUGAGGGAGGGCAGCUAGGCCGGAGGACCAAGCACUCACAUGGAUGGGCCCUGCUUUUGAUCUGUCUCAUGCUUUCCUUAGCUCUAAGAGACUUCUGUGAAAGUCUACCUCUCAUUUUAAAGAAGGAAUUAAAAAAAUGCAUU